AUGAAGUGCGAUCGCUCGAAAAUCAUCGACAAGUCUGAAGACGUCCACGACAUUUGCAAUAAGGAGUGCGCAGAUGUCACCAAGUCUAUCGAUGAGUUCUACACGAAAUAUGGCCACUACAGCCCGGUUACAUGGCUCCACAAAAGAUGCGGUUUCAUCACUAGAGGCAACUGUGAUUUCUUAUUUCGAGAGUAUUUCCCAAUGUGCUAUUGUCUCACCCCGAUCGAAGGUGCCGGACACAGAAGCAGCUACGCACUCACCUGCCGUUAUGCCAUUACGGGCAUCCGCAAUGUGUUGAACGCUGCUAUCUACGCCAGACAACGCGAGGCGAGACUGAAACAGGAGCAAUUACGCAAGCUCCGCGCGAGGAAAAAACCCUAGGGACAUAUCCAGGAUCGA